AUGGCAACCCAAGCCCUAGAGGAUAUCACGGAGAGGCUUUUAAUAAGGUCGCAAGAGGCUAUCUUGCAAUUAGAUCUGUGGAUACAACGUCAGCAGAGAUCAUCAAUAUGCCAGACAACAGAUCAAGAGUCAUUGGAUAAGUUAUCCCAACAGUACAACCAGUAUAUGUCUCAACUGAACUCUUUGUAUGUUAGAUCGGAAUCUGUUCGAGACAAGUUGAGCAAGGAACAACAACGCAGAUUGAUCACAGAGGAUAAUGAGCAUCAACGCAUAGAAGACUUGGUUCGUGAAUUCCAGGAUAUCACUUUGAGGUUGAACGAGCUGGCCACCGUCCCAAAUGAAGCGCCUAAUGAUUCUCCACAAUCGCAAUCCACCAGAAGUAGUUUAGGGUCAUUUCAACCUCGACCAUUGAAAAUAAUUGAGAGGCAACGUCUGUGUAUGGUAACUCCAUCGAAACCACCAAAAAAAUCGGUAGGCUUUAACCCCAUCAAUGAAGUCGAUUGUCCUUCGAAAACUAACUCUUUACCGUGCUCACCUAAAAAACAACCUGCAAGAAAUCGCACUUUACGUGCAGCCAAAUCACAUGAUACUGGCUUGAACAAAAGUAAGAAACCGUCUUCCUCGGAUACGUAUGAGUCUUUCUUCAAAAAUAGACAAAGACUUUCGUUGACCUUCUUUGAUGAAAUGGAUGAUGAAGAUUUUGAUUCUGAUCAAGAUACUAUCAUUCUACCAAACAUAAGUACCCCUCCACAUGUUGGUGUGACCGCAAAGGGUGCUGAAUUCGAACCUUUAAGGAGAUAUAACUCUCACGAAAGUAUACUAUCUAACAAACCAGCACCUUCUAAGUCGCUCAAUCUGGGAAGUUUCUCCGCCUCAUUCUUCAGGCCAUCUAAUCCGACGUUUGGAACUUCGAUAUCAAAUGUCCAAGUGAACUGUCAUCCAACUGUUGCAGCGACAAUGGCUCCUAGUCGUAAUGGUCCUCGUAUUUCAAGUUCUAAGGCGUUGUUAUCAUCAUUCAUUGCACGAUCAGAUACACAUACGGUAAAAGAGAACAACACAAAUCUUAAGCAUGCAUCUUUUAUGGAUAAGUUUAAUUCAUCGUUAAGCACAAUAUCAGAAUCUUUUCAAAGUAAGAGGGGGAGAAAGAAUAAGGGCAUGAAUGAAGAACGAAUAUCAAAUCAUAAUGUAGCACAGGAACAAAAAAAUAAUAUGGAUAUAAGCGUCUCUAUAGAAGAAUUGCAAGAUGCUUUGAAUACAGAACUGCUGUUUUAA